AUGUGCCGAUUGCUGAUCUACAAAGGCCGAGAUGAGAUUCGUCUCAGCAAGCUGGUCACCGAGCCAAGCCACUCGAUUCUCACGCAGUCCUACGACUCGCGAUUAAGACUGGAUAAUCGGCGUCCUGUCAAUGGCGACGGCUUCGGGGUUGGUUUCUACACAGACCCCAAACUCGGACCAGAGCCAUGCAUCUUCACCUCGACGCUGCCGGCCUGGAACUGCGAGAACCUGGAGCGGCUCGCGUCGAAGACCUGCUCCAGCCUCAUCUUUGCGCAUGUGCGGGCAACCACUGAGGGAUCCCUCGCUGAUAACAACUGCCACCCGUUCCAGCACCAGACUCUGAUGUGGAUGCACAACGGCAACAUCGGCGGGUGGAAUUACGUCAAACGCAUGCUGGCAAGCUCGCUGGCGGACCGCUGGUUUAUGGGUGUCCGGGGCGGCACUGACAGCGAGUGGGCGUUUGCGCUGUUCCUUGAUCUACUGGAGAAGGAGGGCGUUGAUCCGAGUGCUGACCCCGGACCCGAGGGAUUCGGACAAGCUCUGCUGCGUCGCGUGAUGAUGAAGACGAUUGCCAAGAUCAAUGAGUUUGUGCGCGAGAUCCCUGAAAAGUACAAUGUCACCGGGGUCGAGACACGGAGUCUGCUGAACUUUGCCGUGACGGAUGGACACACGGUCGUCUGCACUCGGUAUAUCAGUAGCAAGACCGAUGAGCCGGCUAGUCUGUACUUCUCGUCGGGCACCAAAUGGAAGGAGGGCAAGACGAAGGGCCACUUCAAGAUGGAGCGACAUGACAAAGGCGCGGAUAUUGUCCUGGUGGCAAGUGAACCCAUCACUUUUGAACGACACAACUGGGUGUCUGUUCCAACCAAUUCAGUGGUUACCAUCCACAAACAGACCGUGUUGCUCCACCCAAUCCUAGAUGAGUUCUACGGCGAGGACCUGAACCAGGACCGUUCUUCUUGCUACGCCGUAUCCAAGGGCCUGGUCAGCACCGCUCCCGGCACCACUGUGCCACCCCAGAGGGUCAAUGAACCCUGUGGCUCUACUGCACCGAAGCCCGCCGUCGACGUAAACGGCGUGAAUAUGGAGAGGCCUCGGCCCAGCCAUGCUGCUAAAUGUGCCGUGUCACAUUGA